UCAAGAUGAUUGCUUGCAAGAAACAAAUGCUUUUUUGCAUUCUACUGCUUUUAGGUACUUUUGCGGCGGAUGGACGAAGACUUGCGCAUCGCCGUUAUCAGCAGCAUCGCAACCGUAGACACCGCACACCUCUAUUGCGGCAAGUGGAUACUGGAACGAUUACUGGUACAGCAGAAGAUGACGAUGGUGGCACUGGUACUGGCACCGCCAUGGAUACGGUCACCGGUACGGCAGCUGAAGCUGAUGAAGAACCAAAUGCCGCGUUGAAGAGAAAAUCAACCGAAACACUGAUUGUUCUUAAGCCAGCACAAACGGGUGAUAGUUCACGCAUGUUUAAAGGAUUCUUUCUGAAAAAACUACUAGGCGGCUCCAGUGAUGGCACUGCAAAUAGUGGUAGUGGUUAUUCUAAUAUGCCCUACAUAAUUGUCAAUGUGCCCACCAACAUAACAAAUGUCAAUCAAAACAGUUUGAAUAACACAGUAGGAGCUACAAACGCAACCACCACAACUACAGCCGCACCAGCUAGUCGUCGUCAGGUCAUCUUUCAACCUAUACCCUUCCCGGAUACCACACAAUAUGAGCAAUACGAGCAACGCCGCAGUAGACCCGAAAAUCAAGCCACUCCACAGAAUUUUAUACUCAGUCCAAGUAAUCGGUUGGUUCCUGUCUAUUUGCCGCCUGAAGUACAAGCCUUAAUGCAAAGUAGUUUCGUCCCCAACAGCGUUAAGCAACCAAAACGUAAACAGUUAAAGAAAAAGGUUAACAAGUAUCAAAACAAUGUAAAUCCAUUUUCCGCUUUCGGCCACAAUUUUAGACGCAUAGAGUUCCUGUAAAUCUUUCGACUUCA